AUGAAUGGCCUACAUACGGCUAUGUAUCUGAUUGUCUCCUGUUCCCCCAGUUCUUAUUUCCAUACCUCUAAACUUUCGCUUGCUCUGCGUUUGGCGACACUUCAUCUCAUCCAAAUCCCACCCUCCAUUGACGAUCUCAGAAUGGACAGUUCACCAGUCCAGACAGUAGUCCUCCCACCGGAUCCCGUUUUUGGAUCCGCCGAUCCAAUAGCAUUUGCCUUUGCCAUCGUCGCAUCAAUCCUCGCGUCCCUCACACUGAUGGACCAGCUAGCCGGAGCCAUCAAGCGAGGCGCAAUCCUCUCCAUCAUCAAAGGAAUGAGGUUAAUCUUUGCACCCGAUGCCGUCGAUGCCUUUCAUCUUCAUGGAGAUAUAUGGGCAAGAUCAGAUGCACAGAACUUACUCAUCAGUCAUCCGGGCCUGAUGCAUCUCAUGCUUAGACACCCAUGUACCUGGUCACCCUGUCAUGACCUCGAUCGAGCAAAUCUCGCCAUGACAGAUUUUAUCAAUCUUUCUUGCAUUCGGGUUCUAGACGAUUAUGAUGGCACAACCAAGAUUAUGUUCUUGUUUCGGUGGGCUAUUUCCUCUGUUUACGCGCUAUGGCUAUGGCAUUUUCGAAGUAAUCGGGCAUUCGCUGAGAAAGAGUUCAACGAAGAACUAGAUCAAUGGUUUCUGUGUACUGUUGCAAGCUGCACAGAUAUGUCGGAGGAAGAGAUGCGCUUCCUGGAAAAGAUAGCUAAUCUGCGAAUGCUACGUUGGAACAGAUUCCUCGGAGACGAUGCGCAAAAACUUGCCUGGGAAGUCCCGCAGCAAAGGAAAUACACGACGCUGUGGCUUCUUCUUGGCAUGAAAGAGAUUCUUGGAACAAAUGACAAAGAAGGGUAUCAUAAUAUUGGCAAGACAGGUACAUGGGUCAGCAUUGAUCACGUCGGUAUGGCGGUACACUUUAGGUUUGGGCGCAAAAGACUUGGUUUCUGGACUGCCUGUCGCAUAUGGAAUCUUGAGGGCAAGCAAUGGAAGACUCCUGCCGGACAUGCAGAAUUGGCAAUGAGCCCGAAAUUAUCCUGUCAACAUCGAUUGACGAGCGAUAUACCAGACUUUGGCAACUGCGUCGACGUUGGCUUGAAUUCUCUCUUUUUUAUGAGGACGGACAAGGCGUUCGUCAACGAUCUACUACAUCUCUUCGAAACGUUAGGCCCAAGUCACGUUCAAGGCCUUUUAAUACCGGACGACCAACUCGCAUCGCCCAUCGAGAUUAUGCAGCUCAGUGCAAGAGCUUUGAAGAGCUGGUGUCGAUGUACAUCGAUGUACAGAUCCCUUCCCAGCUAUCUAUGCUGUGUUCCCGUUUGCGCAAUCUUCCUCCGAGGUGAGGCCAUAGCCAACAUUGCGAACUUGCCUUUGCGUGCUUCGGGGCAGAUAGUCUAUAUCAUCAUACCCAACGGGAAAGGUCUUCCAGCUCAGGUAGUGCCCACGGAUGCUCCUUUAGUUAAACAGGGAGACAAGGAUAUCAUUACAUGUAUGAUUGCUUUUCAAGGGAAGGUGAUUCUUGAUACGGGUGCUGCAUAUAAGCCCGUUGUACCAUGA